AAGAACCCAAUCAGCGACUCUUCUCAGUUUGAAUGCGAGCGGUUUGGUAACGUUACUGUUCAUUGUUUUUGUAAUAGAAUACUUUUUUGAUUUUUUAAUUAACGUUAUAGGGUUAUUAAGUAGUCUCGAGAAGGGAUCUGCAUGUCGAUAUCUUAUCGAGUAAAGAUCCAAGAUGAACACAAGAGUAAAAAAUGGGCCGGUGUUUAUCAAGACAUACAGUAAACGAAUGCGUAAGGUGGAGCCUUGGUUCUCCCCUGACCUGAAGAAAGCAGCUUUCUCUUUUUCAAGCUCUCUUUCAUCAGAUCAGUCCAUACCAGAGAUGACACAACCCAAGAAACGGAAAAAAAGAGAAACCGCCUCUCGCCCUGCUAAAAGCAAAGACAUGACUGCCAUAAAGGAGAACAUGAGUGAUGAGGAAAACUACUCACCAACCUCAGCAUUCAGAAAGAAGACAAAUGCUAAACCAGUAAGGACUACAGCUGUGAGAAAGACUCAAACAAAAAAGAAGGCUAAAAUAUAUGAGCGAUUAAUGCUCAGCAAUAGCAGUGAAAAUGAUGAGUCCUUUACGACGAAGAAAGGCCAUGCAGAAACAUCUGCUGAUAAAUGUGCUGGUUCCAAGAAAGUGUUAGACCCUCCCCAUUUGAGCAGGUUUGUCACUCACCGCAAAAGACCAGCACCACCCAUGCGAACAAAGCAAAUUUCUGUUGCCGUUCACCGUACACUAAAUUCUUCCGAUGAUUUCCUCCCUGUGUUCUCCCAAAACAAGCAGUUCUACAAGAAACAACAUGACUCAGAUAAUCAUGCUGCUAACAAGACCCGCAAACGCGCACAGAACCGUGCGGCUCUGGCUGAGGUCUCGUUCAAUGAUAGUGAUGACCAGCAGCUUCCAAGUAAACGUCCCCUGCUGGCCAGCACUCCAUCAGUGGUCUGCAGAAAGCUCAGGAACUUACCAGAGCCCUCCAUCAGUGAGAUAUCCUCCCUUAGCUUUGAUGAACUUCACCAAGAAGCUGGGUGUGGAGAGGCGGAUCAGAGAAAAGGAGGAUCUGAAGUAGAGGCCACGUCUGCACAGGCAACCAGAGCUUUUGGAUGCGUGUUAACACCGCCACACCUAGAAUCCUUAGUAGAGGACCUAAAAGAGAGAUGUCGCACAGUGGAUGUAGACUUAGCGCUCAAAAGAAUAGAUGUCACAGACCAUCUGUCGUCGCAAAGCUGCAGCAGGAAACAGGAAGAGAAGAUUACCUCAAAUCCUCCAUGUUUGGAGUCCUCCAAAGCAAAUAAACAGAACAGCCAAAACUAUGUAACUGCUUCAUCCAACUGCUCCUCCCUAUCCAAACCGUCCCUCUAUAUCUCCUCUAAGUCUUUUAACACUUCUUCUUCAACUGAAGCAAUUGGCUCAAAUAUGUCCCUUAUUGAACGUCUUAAAGCUGAAUGUCUGUUAUCUUCCCUCACUGUCUGCAUUCCCCGUCUUGACUUGGUUGCAUAUCCUUUUGUCCACCAGGGGGCAACAAAAGCUCCCUGCACUGACUCGCCAUACAUGCUCCCCAUCAGUCGCAGGGAAACUGUCACCUCUCUAUCUUUUAAGGGGACAGGGAAUGAUAUCCCAAACAGUCCAAUACAUCACAGGUCUCCCAGUAAUGCUGAAGUGGUUGUUCGACGCUUAUCUGCAUCGUUCCAACCACCUCCAGUCUCUCCACCUGCCGCUGCAUGUCAUAGCAAAAGACGACCGCCUGCUGUGCCUAAAGAACGCACAGGUGCUGGUACUGGGACUGGUCGUAAAGUUUGUGUGAGUGGACUGAAUGUCAGCCGCUGGUCAAAAAGGGGUACUGGAGAGUUCAAUGAAAAACGGAAGAAAAAGGAAGGACGAACAAAGGCUGUGUCAGGAGACUACAGUUCUGGGUGCAGCAUGUUAUCUGCUGGAGCAGACACCUUUUCAGCGGAAACAACAUGUGGCUGGCUGCAGGGCACCAGUGGGAUUGUUCUGGCUGUGACGCCUCUCAGAGUGUCACAAAUGAAUCUCUCCUCCAUCCUGGCCAACUUCACUCCAGACACACUCACGACACACUCCUGGGGCCGACUAAAGGCAGCACUGUCUCUACAUAAGAAGAAAACUGCAAUUCCGACCCCACGGCGCUUGGGACAGUAUCAUCUGAAGUCCCCAGGAUGUGGCUUUACAGCUGACACCACCAGUGUAGACAUGUUUGCUUCCCCUCUGUUCACACCAUCCAGAGUCACACCUUCACGCAUGCUCCGGUCCACCAUGAACACCCCCAUGACUUCAUAUGAUGACAUCAGCGAUGCAGAUAAAGUCUAUCAGGAAUGUCAACAGAAUGGCCCAAUAUCCUUUAGCGACUGUAUCCCUCCGGCUCGCAUGAAACACUGUAACAAGAUUGGCGAAGGGACAUUUGGAGAGGUCUUCUCAACUAUAAAUGAUUCCAAUGAGACCGUUGCUCUCAAAAUCAUCCCUGUAGAAGGCAGUCAGCAGGUCAAUGGGGAACACCAGAAAACAUUUUGUGAAAUCCUUCAUGAAAUAAUCAUUUCCAAAGAGCUGAGCAGCCUUAACAUAAAGGAGAUUAACAAAACAGACGGUUUCAUUGGGCUGAACAAUUUACAUUGUGUCCGUGGAUGUUAUCCCGAAGCUCUGCUCAAAGCCUGGGAUGAGUUUGACUGUCAGAAGGGAUCAGAGAAUGACAGACCUGAUUUCUUUGACGAUGAGCAACUGUUUUUAAUUUUGGAGUUUGAGUUUGGAGGGAGUGAUCUAGAGAACAUUAAUGGAAAGUUAACCUCCAUUGCCCAGGCCAAAAGUGUUCUUCACCAAGUCACCGCAGCUUUGGCAGUAGCUGAGCAAGCCCUGUGCUUUGAACACAGAGAUCUUCAUUGGGGGAACAUCCUUG